AUGGCACGCAAAUCGUCUAGGGCCAAGAAGCCCGCCCAUAAACCUGUACAGCCCACGUGGUAUCACUGCCCAGAAUGCCCAGAUCGGAGGUUCAAAACUGAGCAAGGUUUCAAUGACCAUGUGAAGUUUGUACACAGCAUCUUUUCAUGCCCAAAGUGUGACAAAUUAUUUGCUGUUCUGGGCGACCUGGCUCGGCACAGAAGGGAUGCAGGCCAUAACAAACCGGGAUUGGCAUCCAGAGAACACUCGACUUUCCAGCCUGUCUCUUUGACCAGAACAGCAAACUCAUCCCCGGUACAGUCGCCGGUGCGGCUCGAACAAACAUCGACCCAAACCCGUCCAUCCACUAGCCAGCAUGGUCAAGCAUUCACCCUGAACAGUCGUGAUUCAGCAAUUGAAAGCCGUGGUCAAUCAUCUGAUCAGUCCCUUCAAGCAGGCGAAGAGGCUCUUCCGUCUGAACGUCAAGCUGUUCGCCCAGGAUCUGAAGCUCCAUCACCACGACCUGAAGCUCCACCACCACAACCUCGAGGACUUCCAUCACCCCAUCCAAGACUUCCAUCACGUCCUCAGUUUGUUCCACAAGAUCAACCGCAGGCUCACGUCUUUGAAUCCCAAAGGUGGGCUGCUCAGGGUCAAGCACAUUUCUUCCAACCUCGACACCACUUCGUUGCACCGCAAUAUCUGAUAUUUUAUGCACAACCUCCCUUUGCUCAACCAUAUGGUCAUCUUGUUGAAUAUCAAGCAGAAAUCCAGCGCGCUGCUCUUCAGACAUAUCAAGGACAAGCCCAAAUGAUUCAAUCACCAUUUCAGGCUGCUCAGUUGCCAGUGGAGGUUCGUCAAGCACCCUCCCACAUCUAUGAGACGCACCCUCGCGUUCAUCGAGAAACCGUCCAGGCCUAUCAACCAUUUUAUCAGCCCAAUCAGGCCCAGCUUCAGGUUCGCCAAUCCCCAGCGCAGAACCUUCAGUCUCCCGGUCAGCCUCCAGCAAUGGUUCCACCGCAGCCUCAAGCACAGCCUCCAGCGAUAACUCCAGCGAUAACUCCAGCGAUAACUCCAGCAAUAACUCCAGCGAUAGCUCCAGCACAAGACCGUCGGCCCCCAGAAAAUCACUCUGAGUCUUCUGGGAACCACUCUCCAGCAAUGAUUCCACCGGAGUCUCAAGCACAGCCUCCAGCGAUAACUCCAGCGAUAGCUCCAGCACAAGACCGUCGGCCUCCAGAAAAUCACUCUGAGUCUCCUGGAAGCCACUCUGAGUCUCCAGUGCAACCGUCCGACCAAGAAGAAGACACCUACCAGCUAUCAACGCACCUACCCGCCCAAGAUACCACAACUGCCGAAGCAAACGCCCCGACCACAACCGCAGCAUCGAGCACGAACAACGCGCCGUCCUCCCCAUCCAUGCGGCCCACAGAGCCCGCACCAAGCUUCUCACUAGCCUAUGGCGAAAUGGAACACCGCUGGACCAACCUAGAAGAACCUGAACAAAACCUCCUCCACAAGUACAUUCUGGGAAGGUGCCAUCCAGCCGCACGUCUGCGUUGCCAAGGCUACAGGGGCGCGAAAUUCACCGACACAACAUCCUGCCUGAAGCGCGGCGAGCCACAUCAAACCCACAAUUUCGCGCGGUUGUCCACAGACCGCCGAAAGGCGAUCGUCCUCAACUGCGAGACAAUCAAACCCGCCGAAACAAACCCAAAGCUCGCCUUUAUCACCGCAGUUGAUUUCCUCACCGGUGAAGUCCUGAUCAACAGCUACGUGAAACCCUCAGGAAAGGUCACGAGCUGGCCGGCGUCAGUAGGCGGGAUCACGGAAGAAGACGUGGACGCCGCCAUCGCGGAUGGAAAAGCUUUCACUUCGAACUUGGAUGCGCGCAACGCGCUGAAAAGCUUCAUGGACUGUGAUACCGUGCUGAUCGGCCAUGGUCUUCACCAUGCUAUGCGGGCUCUGAAUCUGCUCCACGGCCGGAUUGUGGACACCGCCCUUGUCACCGGUGAGGCGGCAUUCCUUAACUUCGCCGCGAAGCAUGAGCUUCCACGUGUGUGGGGGCUGAAGCAGUUGGCGCGGGAGAUACUGGAUUUUGAAAUCCGGAAGGGUCCUUCGGGGCAGAAUUCGCUUGUGGAUGCGCUGGCGGCGCGGGAGAUUCUUAUCUGGUGCUUGCGUGGACCUGAGUGCCUUCGGGCCUGGGCCGACAAGGCCCGCAUUCAGUUCGAGGUCGCGCAGCAAAAGAAGAUGGACAAGAAGAAGAAGCGUGCUGCAAGUGCAGCGGAUUCGGGGCAGAAGGCUGAUGCCGGGGGGGGCUGCCACGAACUAGGGCCAAGGCAAGGAGCCUGGGGCGAACUGAGAGGAUUCUCACUCUCAAUUUUCUGA